UUUUUAAACUCCGUCUCUCAUGCAACGCUCUCUCUUUCUCUAUCAAAUCCUCCAAACUCUAACAAAACUUAAUCCCAUACUCAAUUUUCCUGUUUUGGCUUUCUCCUCUUCUUCAAUGGAACAAUCUUCAAUUCUUUACAUGUUCACAUAAAACUGCAAUUUUCAACAAACAAGAAGGGGCUGUGAGUACUAUGAUCUGGUCCAAUUUCGAGUGCGGUGGGAAUUUGGAAGAGCAUGGAGAAAACAAGACUCGACAGGCUAGUGAAUGUUCAUAUGCAGCUGUAUUUAAAGUGAAUUUCCUUUUAUAGACCAUGGCACAUGAGACGCCUGGUAGCUCAGGCCAGCAGUUCAUUGGAGAUAAAAUGAAAGUUGUGACUAGGGACGGAAUUCCUGUAGAUAGAAAUGUACAUAAUAUUUCUGUACAGACUGGUGAGGAAUUUUCUCCCCAGUUUGCUCGAAGAAGAGUGCUGGAUCAUAACCAGCCAGGGCAAAUGGGAUUCAAUUACAGUCAGAACAACCCGAUGGGUUCUGAAAGUCAUGCUGGCACUCAUGGGGUAAGGAGAAAGGAUUCUGAUUGUGAUGCUUCAGAUCAUGUUUCCAGGAUAGAAGCCACAGGACAUGCCGCUGAACUAGAAAAUAGGGCUUAUACUGAUAAUGCAGGCAGAUACCACUGGGAAUGUGUUCCCAAUGCACUAAAACCAAGUAACUAUGUUGAUGAAACAAAUAAUUCUGGUCGAGUAACCUUAGGUCUGACCAGUUCACCUAACUGUGUUCCGGAAACCCCUUGGCCUUAUCAGCCUUUUGGAACUAGAGUUUCAGAAUGUGCUUUCUCUGGAAAAAUGAAAUUUCUAUGCAGCUUUGGGGGGAGGAUAUUGCCCAGGCCAAAUGAUGGGAAGCUUAGAUAUGUUGGUGGAGAAACAAGGAUCAUAUCCAUCAGAAAAAAUGUUACAUGGGAGGAGCUUGCAAGGAAAACUUUGGCAAUUUGUGACCAACCUCAUACGAUCAAGUACCAGCUCCCUGGUGAGGAUCUUGAUGCACUUAUUUCUGUUUCUUCUGAUGAAGAUCUUCAUCACAUGAUAGAGGAAUAUCAAGGGCUUGAAAAAAAUGGAGGCUCACAAAGACUGCGUAUAUUUCUUGUUUCUUCCGUUGAACCUGACAGCCCAAAUUCUUUUGAAGGUAAGACAUCACAACAGUGUAAUGCUGAUUGUCAGUAUGUUGUUGCUGUUAAUGGCAUGCUGGACCACAGUCCCCAGAAGAGCUCUAGUGGACAGAGUUCUGCAAGCCAACUAGGAACUGCUUCAGAUUAUAAGAAUCAAUCUUCUCCUGUGAGUCCAGUUAACAUUCAGUACAGAGAUCAUAAGAAUUCUAAAAGCUUAUUUUAUGUUGAUCAACCUUUCCCUGACAGUAAUAAAAACAUCGGUACUUUUUCCGUGGACAAAUUUCCAUUUGACACUGCAUAUUAUAAUAAUCUUCCUCAUGGGCCGAUUCCAUCGGUGAAUCAAGCUUGUUAUCAACAAUAUCCAGGGGAAACUGAUCAGACUAGCAAACAACUUGAAAUGCAUCUUCAUAAUCGUAGCCAGAGCGGAGAUUUCCUUUCUUAUCAACAACAUCCUCAAAAUUCUAUGAAUUCGGACUGGCCUGCGAUUAUGGAAAGGGCAUUUUCUGACUCGCAGUUGCAGGAAAAUGGUGAGGUGUCAGAAAAAUGGUUGGAAGAAGCAGUUAUUCUGCUGUCCCUCGGGAAUGGAAGGGGAAAAUCACCUUCACUGAAAAUGUCAAAUUCAUCCUUAGAAAGGCCAGCGCUGGCACCAUAUAUAAUGGAUGAGAAACACCAAUUGAUUGAGUUCGAGAAUCAUUGCAGUGAAGAGCUGAGUUAUAUUGACUUAGAGCAAGAGGUGCUGAAGUGGAUGAACAGGAAUGCUAACUAUUCUGAUAUAGACAGACAACAGUAUGAAGGAAAUGUUGAAGUUGCACUGAAUGAUAAUGCCAUGGAGCAUAGGAACUUACCGGAUUUAAACUUCCCACCAAGUGCUUAUCAUCAUCCUCUAGAUUCUCAAGCAUAUGGAAGGAUGGUUUCUGCUACUCGAGUUAACACUUCCGAAAAUUAUGCAGAUGCUAUGAGGGAGCACCCUAAGAGUCAUCAAUCAGACACUAAUGCACCUAAUUUUUUUGUUAAGAGCCAAAAGGUCGCCAAGGAACAGCACUGUACUAUGACUGAGAGCAUAAAUGGUCAACGAAUUCUCCAUUGGGAUCCUGAAUAUCUACCUUCUGCAUCUCUUGGAUCGAGGGACAAGGGACCAGAAGUCCCCAGCUCUAAAUCCGACAGGAGUGCUUCAAGUAGAUUGGAUUCCUUGUGUCAUGAAGACCCUGUGAAUUGUAAUGAAAAGGUCAAAAAGAUUCAUGACAAGGGACUAUCAUAUAAGGAAUCAAUCGAUGGAGAUGCUCUAUAUGUCCAGUCACAGCCUUUAGAUAACAAUCAUGAUGAUAAGAUAGCAAAGCCAGGGGUAAUUGUUGAGGAUGUCACUGGAACUACGCCUCCAGAUAUUCCCUUUUCUUUGAAUGUUGUCCCACGAGUAGAAGAAGAGCUCGCAGAGGGAUUUCAAUCUGAUGGAGAUAUUGACGUAGAAAGUACGGGUCAAGAAUAUGAAUCUGAGGAUAUUGAAGGUGAUGACAAAGACGUAAAUGAUUCCAUUAGUGAUGCAGCGAUGGCUGAAAUAGAAGCAGGCAUCUAUCGUUUGCAGAUCAUAAGGAAUGCAGAUAUUGAAGAAGAGCAGGAAUUAGGAUCUGGCACAUUUGGAACUGUUUAUUAUGGGAAAUGGAGAGGUACUGAUGUUGCUAUUAAAAGGAUCAAAAGGAGUUGUUUUUCAGGCAACUCAUCAGAGCAAGAGCGAUUGAGUAGAGACUUCUGGAGAGAGGCACGCAUCCUAUCAGAUCUUCAUCAUCCAAAUGUGUUAGCAUUUUAUGGCGUGGUCCCUGACGGCCCUGGAGGAACAAUGGCAACUGUGACUGAAUAUAUGGUAAAUGGAUCAUUGAGGCGUGUCUUACAAAAGAAGGAUAGAUCACUUGAUCGUCGAAAAAAGCUUAUGGUCGCUCUCGAUGCUGCUUUUGGCAUGGAAUAUCUGCAUUUGAGAGAUAUCAUUCAUUUUGAUUUGAAGUGCGACAAUUUGCUUGUCAAUUUAAGGGAUCCCCAACGCCCCAUAUGCAAGGUAAUGUUUGCAGAAACCCCUCACUCGUUACUCCUUCCUUUAUUCUAUUGUCUUCUAUUAGUUUUGAUUCUAUAUCAAAACAUGCUUUUCAAUUUCCAAAAGAGUUUCUUUCAGCUUUAUUCACUCUACAUUAGUCUCAUUCAUACAUGUAAUUCACCUGUUCUCCAGGUUGGAGAUUUCGGAUUGUCAAAAAUUAAAAGGAACACACUCGUAUCUGGUGGUGUGCGUGGAACCCUUCCAUGGAUGGCGCCAGAGUUAUUGGAUGGCACCAGCAACCGAGUCUCUGAGAAGGUUGAUGUUUUCUCGUUUGGCAUCGCAAUGUGGGAGAUCCUGACUGGUGAAGAGCAAUAUGCCAACAUGCAAUUCGGCGCUAUAAUAGGUGGAAUUGUAAGCAGCACGCUGAGGCCUCCUGUACCAGAACACUGCGAUACAGGAUGGAGAAAGUUGAUGGAAGAAUGCUGGGCCUCUGAUCCAGAAGCCAGACCAUCGUUUACAGAGAUAACAAAUAGGCUGCGAAGCAUGUCAACAGCACUCCAGCCAAAGCGACCUAAUUAUGCAAAUAGAUGAGAGCCAUACUUUGUAGAGUCGUGCAAAAACCUUCACAUAUCAAAAACAUUUACUGGGAAAAUGUUGCGGUAGAGUUCCCAAGUGGCUUUGAUGCGAUCGAGCCACAUAUAGUUGUAGAUAAAGAUCCUCCUAGGCCGAAAAGAAAAUAUGAAUAUGUGUUCAAUAAUGUUUUCCUGACUUUGUUGCCAAGUCCUUAGUUCGGC